AUGUGUCAGCACUUAAAACGCGACGGCGACGAGCUGGUCGUUGUAGACGCCUACGUCGAGGUCCUACUGGCGACGGGAACGAGUGUCGCGGCGGUCGAGAGUCUCUUCGCGAGCCUGGUGUCGCUGUAUAUCAAAGAUCUUGGUCAUCAUAAUCAUAAGUUUCUGGGGAUGCGAGUGGAGCUCGGAAGUGACGGCGCAUAUCGCAUUGACCAGGAGGAGGUAAUCAAGCGUGCUCACGGGAUGAGCGACGUGAACCUGACGAAGACGCCAAUAGAUGAAUGCUACGAGAUUGUAGGCGACGAUGCCGCGCUGCUGGAGACGAAUGGUGCAGGCGGUAGUGCGACGAUUAACGCGUUUCAGUCACUCGUCGGGAGCCUGCUGUGGGUCGCCCGGUGCUCGAGGCCGAACAUUUCCUUUGCUGUGCACAAAGCGACGAGGCAGACGCACGCGCCGCGAGUGCUUGAAUGGAAGCUUUCCAAGCGUGUCGCGCAAUAA